CAGCGAUGUUCAGACAUCAACACCAACUCGAGCGUACACUCCCUGGCUUCAUUUUCAGUCUCAACGCUGUUGUCAGCAUGCCAUUAAUAUCAAGCCUUCUCCGCGAACCCACCGUCACCACCGCAGCCAUCGCGGCGUUCGUGACCUUUGCGCUUCUCCUGCUUCGUCGGGCGCGCGCCUCUACCACCAGCGGAGGCUCUCUGCGCCAGUGCACGCUUCCUGGCCCCAAACCGUGGCCGCUCGUCGGCAACGUGCGCGGGAUGGACGUGAGCGCGCCAUGGAAGAGCUACAAGCGAUGGAGCGAGACGUACGGCCCGAUUUUCCGCACGCGGCUCGUCGGAUUUGAUAUCGUCGUCAUCAGCGACGAGCGUAUCGCGCGCGAGCUUCUUGACCGCCGCUCGGGCAAGUACUCGUCCAGGAUGUGGUUUCCCACCGCCGAGCCAUACGGCUUUGGGCGGUACACCACCCUGCUUGAGUACACCGACACGUGGCGGCACCACCGCCGCGUCAUGCACCAGCACCUCCGCAUCGACGCGGUGCGCAACUACCGGCCCAUGCAGCUCCGCAAGGUGCGCCAGCUGCUCGAGAACAUGCUCGCGAGCCCCGACGACUACAGAGAACAUUUCCAAACGUUCGCAGCAUCGAUCAUCAUGGCCGCCGUGUAUGGCUACCAGGCGCGCGCAGUCAAGGACCCGCUCGUGGAGAAGGUGAACCACUCGCUCGAGGUUACUGUCCGCGUCAGCUCGCCCGAGCUCGCGAUUCUCAUUGGAGUCUUCCCUUUCAUCAAAUACAUCCCCACCUGGUUCCUGGGUGGAAGCCUGAACGCCGCAUCAUGCAGGCGAGGCAAUGACGAACAUGUUUCAGAGCCGUUCAAGUAUCUCGAGGAGACCAUUGAACCCGAUUCCUCGAUACCGAGCAUGGCAUACGAGGGCCUGCGCAAUGCGAAGAAGGCUCAGGACAGCAAUACUCAGAUCGCACUCCUCCAGAAUAUUUGUGGCACGGCAUUUGGCGCCGGCGCAGAGACAACGGCUUCCUCUCUUAUAGACUUCGUCCUGGCCAUGGUGCUCUACCCGGACGUGCAGGAGCGCGCGUACGCGGAGAUAACCCGCGUGUGCGGCACGGACCGUCUGCCUACAUUCGAGGACCGACCUGAGCUUCCAUUCAUUGACGCCGUCGUCCGCGAGACGCAGCGGUGGGCGCCGGUCGUUCCAAUGGGUAUCCCUCACUUGACCACUGAAGACGACAUAUACGAGGGCGAGUUCAUCCCCAAAGGUACAGCAGUCGUAGUCAACAUCUGGGCCAUUUGCAACGACCCCGCCCGCUUCCCCGCCCCCUCCGACUUCCGCCCCGAGCGCUUCCUCUCUCACGACGGCAGCUCGCUGGCAGACGACCCAGACCUCAACGUGGACCUCGUCUUCGGCUUCGGACGGCGCAUAUGCCCCGGCAAGCACCUCGCCGAGGCAUCGCUGUGGCCCGCGUUUGCGGCGAUGCUCGCUGUGUUCCGGUUCGAGAAGGCGGGCGCGUUCGAGCCGGAGUGGUCGAGCGGGUCUACGUCGUGUCCGCGCCCGUUCCCGUGUAGGAUCGUUCCGAGGGAUCCGAGGAUGGAUGCGAGCCGGUUGGCGGAGAUGUAGAGAGCGUUUAUUUUUACGACCUUCACAACUUGAACGUUCUCGAGUGCUACGAGCAUUGACGAUACAUUCACAAGGUAUUAGCUUCCUUUUCAUUAGAAGGUGGGUAAUUACAAUAAAUGGGCGGUAAUGGAUAUUUUAUAGAGUGUUUGCGACAAUUCAGCUCACAGCACUGUGGAAGAUAUGCUUAGAUGCCACUCCAGUGCUCCAGUGGAACGCACGUAUGGCUUAACUUACUAUCUAGCAAUCAUGUUCAACAACACUCACUCUUAUUUCCACUAAGGCAACCACCUGAACUACUAUCUGUUUUGACUCAAACCAUGCCUCCUGGGCCGCAAGCGCGACUCGGCGCAAAGGGUCCCGGGACUGUUCCUUUGUCUUUCUUGAGGCUCACACGAUACCCGUGCAGGCAUGUCGUCAACACGCCGUAGCUCCAGUGAGUCGUACCACAGCCGUGUCUAAGCCGCCGAUGCAUGAGCUAUGACUACUCGCCCCGGCUGGACUGUGGCUGCUCCGAUUUGAUCCCACUGCCGUCCAACAAAUACUAUACAACGUAAUGAAGAGACGUAAUAAUCAACUUGAACAUGGGCAUGAGGCUCACCAAUCACCGACGAUCUCCAAAAUCAGCACUGGAAGCCCGCGAGAUAUAU